GGCGCUCACUUAUUUUUGAACAAAACCCUAAAUCUCCGGUGAUGUUUUACUCGCGACGAUGAAGCUCGUCAGGUUUUUGAUGAAAUUGAACAAUGAGACCGUGUCGAUUGAGCUAAAAAAUGGCACCGUUGUUCACGGCACAAUCAUUGGUGUUGAUAUCAGUAUGAAUACUCACUUAAAGACAGUAAAGCUUACUUUGAAGGGAAAGAAUCCUGUGACUAUGGAUCACCUGAGUGUUAGGGGUAAUAAUAUUCGCUAUUACAUCCUUCCCGAUAGCUUGAAUCUCGAGACGUUGCUUGUGGAAGAGACACCUCGGGUCAAGCCCAAGAAGCCUACUGCAGGAAGAGCUGUUGGACAUGGCAGAGGCCGUGGCCGUGGCCGCGGGCGUGGCAGAGGCCGCUAAGUAUUGUUCCCAUCAUCUAAACUUUUUGCUGGCCUUUUGUUAUGUAAACAUCUGUAUUAAUAAAUGAACUAGCUAAAUGACU